AUGGCACAAUCAACGACCGGUGGAGAUCCUGCCUCAGUCCCUUUCGACUCCUCGUCGUCGUCUUCACAACCACAUUCUGGUCUUCCCGUCGAGAUGAGCGAACUCGACGCUUCCAAGAGGACUGGCGCAGGAUCGCAGGCUCUCCUCAAUGAUGUUUCAAUUCCGACUUCCUCCCCUCUAGACUCCUCUUUCCCAACCUCGUCGAGCAUGUCGAAUCCUGCCACCGAGAAUGCGAGACCUGAUGAGCAGUCGAAUGCGGCCAUAUCUACCUCGCAAGCGUCUGCCAACCCGUUAUCAUCUUCUACGAACGAUGCUUCGACCAAUACUACCGCGGUUGCCGCGUCAGAGCCGGCAUCGUCAACGAUACCAAGUAUCACACGACUUGAUUCAGUUGCCAUCGGUCCCUCGACAGAACAUACUCCUCCUCCUGCGAUAAGCGAAGCUGGACCCGUUCUGGUCAUUACGCUUCUUUUGACUUCGGGUGCCAGACACCCAUACAAGAUCGAUGAGAAGUAUUUGACUAAGCGGAACGUAAAUGUCCCAGGGGUGACUGAGAGUGGUAGAAAAGACCCCUUCAGCAUCAGUGUAUAUACAUUGAAGGAGUUAAUCUUGAGAGAGUGGAGAGAGGAAUGGGAGGCACAGCCGAGUAGUCCAAGUAGCAUAAGGCUGAUUUACUUUGGGAGGUUAUUGGAUGAUAAAACGCCAUUGAAGGAAUGCAAGUUUAACGCCGAAUCAGCAAAUGUGGUACACAUGACUGUUCGACCCCAAGAUAUCGUUGACGAGGAAGACGCAACCAAGGGGAAAUCUGCAGGAAGAGACAGAGGAGACGGCGAGUCCACUGCAGGCUGUCGUUGUGUGAUACUCUAG